AUGGCAUUUGUCAAGGCAUUUUUCAUCGCUUGUGUUGUCGCUUGGGAAACACUUCAAAGGAUUUUUUGCUUAAAUCUCAAAUCCAAGAAUUCCAAUUUCCGAAUAAGCGACAAGCAGUUUUAUGUUGAAGAAACAAGCAUUUCACAUAAAUCUCUUACUGCUGCUGCUGCAAUUAGUUAG